UUGUUAACAUAAAUUAACUGCUACUACACCAAAAAACUGAACUAUUAAUAAGAGCACCACUAAAACAAUUAAGAUAUCGAGGAAGGUUUAAAAUCCACACGACAGCUGACCCCUCAUAAGUCGUCGUACUUAAAAGAGCACAUUUCAACAGACUUUUACUACACAAUCAGGCAAACUUCGCACUCUUUACCCCGUAAUUAGUGUCCUCCAACCAGGAACGCACGACGCAACAAACAAGCAAGAUGAGUGUCUCAUUAAUUACGGUAAAAUCAAGACUUGCCUGAAAAAUGUCUUUGUUUUUCUAUUCAAAGCGCAAAUCAUCAUAAAAAAAGUUGUUAGAACUGACUAAAAAAUUAAAUUUGUGCGAGUCAACAUGAAUACUAAAUGAUUAUAUAAAAUGAAGCCAAUAAUAAUAGGCUUGGAAAGACGAGAAAUUUUGAUAAGUGAAGCAGCAUAAGAACAGGCAACCCUUGUAUCUUCCUUCCGUUUUCAUUACAGACUUGUGCAAGUCGAGAUGAAUACUAAAUUACGCUAUAAAAUGAAGCCAAAUCUGCUAGGCUUGGGAAGACAAGAAAUUUUGUAAGGUGAAGCAGAAUAAGAACAGGCAGUAUCAAGUUCCACAUAACAGAAGAAAUUAACCGUUUAAGGAGGAAUCAAGUGUUCCUAAAAAGUUCAAGAAAUGGCUUUGAUUAAUCUUAUCGAUAGUUCUGAAAUGGUAGACGAUUCUGCAUACUGUGUUCCCGGAGAAUCUCAAUUCUACGUAGGACUGGACAAAUGUAUUGGAGAUUUGAGGGGACUGUUGUCCAAGAGCGACGUGUCGGUUAUUGGGUUGCAAUGCAUGGGAGGUGGAGGAAAGACAACUCUGGCUUCGGCUCUCUUGAAUGAUCCUCAAAUUAAAGGACACUUCUGCGAUAAUGUUUUUUUCAUUACCGUGUCACAAUCCCCAAACCUGAAGGAGAUUUUAGAGACUAUGUGGGAGAAGAUUGCUGGAAGGAAAAGCCCAGAAUUUCAGAAUAUCAAAGAUGCACAGAUGAAGCUCCAACAAUUGAUUUCGAGUCAAUCCAAACCAACUCUGGUGAUUUUGGAUGAUGUAUGGUCUAGAACAAAUUUGGAAAAUUUAUUAUUUGAAGCACCAGGAUACAAAACUCUUGUAACCACCAGAGACAAUUCCACUAUUCCAACAACCCCGACUACCCAGCUGUAUCUGUUGCCAUUGUUGUGCCCAGAGGAUGCGCUGUCACUUUUCUGUUUCUGGGCUUUUGGACAGACAUCAAUCCCCAGCACUGUAAAUGCGAAUAUAGUAAAGGAGGUGCAAACACAAUGUGGCGGCUUACCACUUGCUAUAAAGGUGAUUGGAAGCUCUUUGCAUGGGGAACCGCAUGAGGUUUGGGAGAGGGCAAAGGACAAGAUUUGUAAAGGAGAAUCAAUAUCAGAUUAUCACAAAAAUGGGCUAAUUAGAUUGUUGGAGAUCAGUAUCGAUUCCUUAGAUGAUGUAGCCAAAGAAUGCUUCUUAGACUUAGCUUUAUUUCCAGAUGACAGAAAAAUCUGUGCUCAUGCACUAUUGGACAUAUGGAUUUAUGUUCGGAUGUUGCAGUGGCAUGACGCUUUGUCCAUCUUAUCAGAUCUUGCGAACAGAAACCUGUUGAAUUUGUCUAGCACACCAAGGAAAAGAGUAGCAAUCUCACAUGGAAAUGCAUCGGAGCUGUACUUUUCUCAGCAUAGUGUAAUACGUGAAUUGGCCCUCCAUUUGGGGUGCCGAGACGGUGUAGUCCACAGGAAGAGGUUUCUGAUGGAUAGGAAGGAGCAUAGUCUGUCAGAAAAAUGGGAGUUCCUUAAUCAUAAAGCAUGUGAUGCUCAAGUGCUCUCCAUUAACACAGGCGCUAUGGAGGCAAAUCAUUGGUUUGAGGUGAAUUUACCUCACACAGAGGCUCUGUUGUUAUUCUUUUCUUCAAGUGAGUACUUUCUUCCCCCAUUUCUGAAGUCCAUGAUGAAUCUAAAAUUUGUCAUGGUAUUGAAUUAUGGGACAAAGAGGGCAACUGUACAAGGUCUAGAUGUCUUAUCUUCACUCACUCAACUCAAAAGUGUCCGUUUGGAGAGGUUGAUUGCAUCCCCUGUUCAUAAACAAAGCAAUGAACCAUCAAACUUAGAGAAGGUAUCUCUAAGCUUAUGCGAGGGAUUUGAAUAUGCAUUCACAUUCUAUCGUAUCAAGCUGCGGAAUUUUAACAUUGAUCACUCCAGCAACUUGGAGGAGGUGCCUCUUAGUUUCUGUUAUAUGCCUUCUAUUAAGAUGUGGUCUAUUAGCAACUGCCACCUGGUUCAGAAGUUACCUUAUGACCUUGGGAAUAUGAGCUCUCUCAGAAUGCUAAGGUUAUCAGCUUUACCAGGCGUCAAAGAACUUCCACCAUCAAUUGGAAAUCUUCGGCUGUUGGAAUGUCUAGACAUCUCACUCUGCGAGGGGCUCAGAGGACUUCCAGAGGAAAUAGGGCAACUAAAGAAGUUGAGUGAGUUUGAUAUGAGAGAAUGUUCUCGUUUGAAGAGGUUACCAAGAGCUGUUUGUGAUCUGAGUUCCCUCAAGCUGGUUAUCUGUGAUGAGAAGAUUGGGAAGCAGUGGUUACGGGCCAAGAACAUUUCGAUUCCAGAGCUUACAGUCGAAAUUGUAGAAGCACAGUUUAGUCUGGAUUGGCUUGACGAUUGACUUCUUUUCUUACUUUCAAUCAACUUACAAUUAAAAUGAAAUAAAAGCUCCUCUAUAUUGGGGCCUAUAGUUAUAAACAAUUCUCGUCGCCUUUUAAGGAUUGUAAGCACUCUUUACUAUUUUGCGCAUCCCAAAGCAUUUUCUGUUUUGUGUAAAGCCAGGAAUAAGGUGUCUUCUGAAUAUGUA